AUGUCAGAUAACAAACAUACUGUGAUGAUUGAGGCAUCACUCUCAGGAGUUAAGUUAGCCGGCUUAAUUGAUUCACUUCAGUGUGGUACGCGAGAGCGGGCAAAAACCAUGAACCGUCAGCUGCCGGCAGCAAUGGUGAAACGUCAGUGGCAUGCUCAUGUCAUGACCACGACUUGGGAAAGCUUAUUUCAAUUCCUGACAUAUUAUUCCCAAAAGCCUUACCAGGACUUACUAUUAUAG